AUGGUGAGAUCAAAUGUUUAUCUCAUCUCCAUACUUGUCAUCAUGACUUCACUCUCUUCCCCUUCACAUGGCCUUGUACUGGGUGACCUCCCCAUAGGCAGUGUCGCAAUCUUUGGUCUCGCCCGGUGUGACCUUAAAGGAGAUCCGAACACGCCACCAAUCUCGGGCGGCACUGUUGUCUUAACAUGUGGUGGCUUAACAGACAACCUCGCUGAAACAAUAACUAACCCGGGCGGUUAUUUUCUCAUAUUUCUCAACUUCUUGGAAACACUUUUCUUCCACCCUAGUAUCUGCAAUAUCAGAAUUUAUCUUCCUACCGGAGACUGCACAAUUAGCUCACCGAAUGCCGUCCUCACUGGCUCGCUUACAUUUCUCAACGUCGUGCUGACUAAUAACACAAACGUCGCUUAUUAUGGUGUUGGCCCAUUAGUCAGUGGUAUUGUGGGGACUUAA